AGGUCAUUUUUUACAAAUUUGCCUAUUUUUAAUAAAAGGCGAAAAUGUUACCGGCCAAUUUUUCCAAGUUUAUAACACAUGCAUAAUCUACCCAAUCGAUUAGGUGUCUCUCUAACUUCUUUCCUCAAUUCUCUGAAGUACGAUAAGAAUUCACAUCCAUGAAUGCUGAAGAAAUUACAGAAAAAUACAAAGUCGCUGUUAUUGGCAGCGGCAAUUGGGGGAGCGUUGCCGCCAAGCUUAUUGCAUCCAAUACGCUUAAUUACGACAUCUUCCAUGAUGAAGUUAGGAUGUGGGUAUUUGAUGAAACGUUGCCAAGUGGAGAGAAAUUGUCGGAUGCUAUUAAUCAAACCAAUGUAAAUGUCAAGUACCUCCCUGGUAUUGAGCUUGGUAAAAAUGUGAUUGCUGACCCAGACCUUGAUCAUGCAGUCAGAGAUGCUAACAUGCUGGUAUUUGUGACACCACAUCAAUUUGUCGAGGGUGUUUGUAAGAGACUUGUUGGAAAAUUAAGAGGAGAUGUACAGGUCAUUUCAUUGAUCAAAGGCAUGGAGUUCAAAGUGGACGGUCCAUGUAUGAUAUCCUCUGUAAUUUCUAAGCAACUUGGAGCCUGUUGUUGUGUUUUAAUGGGUGCAAAUAUUGCUGAUGAGAUUGCUGAGGAGAAAUUUAGCGAAGCAACGAUAGGAUAUAGAGAAAAUAAAGAGGUUGCAGAGAGGUGGGCUCGACUAUUUGCUACUCCUUAUUUUUCUGUCACAGCUAUCCAAGAUUUGGAAGGAGUGGAAUUAUGUGGUACACUGAAAAAUGUAGUGGCCAUUGCUGCAGGAUUUGUAGAUGGCUUAGAAAUGGGGAGUAAUACAAAAGCAGCGAUCAUAAGAAUUGGCUUGAAUGAAAUGAGGGCAUUCUCCAAGCGAUUGUCCCCAUCUGUUAGAGAGGACACUUUCUUCGAGAGUUGUGGAAUGGCUGAUCUUAUCGCGACUUGUUUUGGAGGAAGGAACAGGAAAGUUGCCGAGGCUUUUGCAAUCCAUGGAGGACAGAGACCCUUUGAUGAUCUGGAAACUGAGAUGUUGCAGGGGCAGAAAUUGCAGGGUGUCUCAACAGCCAGAGAGGUAUACCAGGUCUUAGAAAGUAACAGAUGGUUUGACUCAUUUCCCCUUUUCAGAACAGUACAUGAGAUUUGUAUUGGUAAUAAACCACCGUCUGCCAUUGUGCACUACAACGACUUUCGUAAAGCAGAGGAUAAGAUUUAGGAACCGCUCUCCAAGAAAAUAAAGAAGAAAACAAAUAGCGACUGAUUUGGGGUUGAAAACUGAAUGUUCGGUCCAGUUCUGCAGUUUUGACAGAAAACCAAGUUGUAAUCUCUCUGUAGUUGUUAAAGUGAGAGUUAGCUGAUGACGUGUAGUUCAAUCUGUGAUCUGUAUCUUCAACCUGUCUGUGUAGUCUACAGCUUGGAGCAUGAAAAACAUUGAAAGAUACGAAGCAUAUGACAAAAUUCAACGUUUUUUGGAUAGAAACUAGUAACCUUUCAUAGAGAAGCCUGAACUUUGUUGACGUUUCUGCCAGAAACUGUCAGUAUCAAAGUUCAGAGUCAGAAGUUACAAGUUAAGAUCAGUGUAACCUGUACUGGUUGAAAACACUCUGUUCUUAUUCUUUCCGAUAUUUUGACACUUAGCUGAGUUUCAUCUCCCGUUUCCAUGACAUGGUUCUUUUCAAUUUCUUAGAGUGAUUUAGGGGCGUUUUAUAUUUUUCAAUUUUCAGGGACCAAGAAGGCAUAAAUAUGAGCUUAUUGGUGAAUGUUUUAACAGUUCACUUAUGUAAUUGACUUUAGAGGCUAGUGUUAAUAAUAAUCCAAUACUUUGUAUA